GGACUGUUGUUUUCUCUCGGGAAGGUGUGUGUGGAAAGGGGUGGAUGGGUGGGGAUGACAAACCCAGCCCACAGUGUUUGGGAACUUCUCCUUUGGCUCUGAAAAGGAAAGAAACCGCUGACUGUUAUGAGAGGGCGGCAGAGGUGCUGCUGUUCUUCUCGACCUCCUUCAUCCCCGCCGCUACUACCACCUCCUUCCUCUUCUCCCCGCCGGUGAGAGCCAGAGGAGAGAAGAUGGGCGCCGUCCUGAGGAGCCUCCUGGUCUGCGGUUUAUGUUCCCUGGCGAGAGGUAAGGAAGAAAUAUUGAGACUAUGGUAAUCAUAAUCACUGGAUUUCAAAUUCCCACCUGUUUCCAUCAGAAAUAAAGCUGUGUAAUAAUAUCCACAGAGUAUUAACAUGCUGGCAGCUUUAUAUAAAGCUUCUCCAUUAUUGCUGUAUGCAAAUCGUCGAGAUCUACGAUUGGUGGAUGCCUCACAGGGGAAUGAGAAUGCUACGGUUGUGGUGGGUGGCUUGGAAGAUGCGGCUGCAGUUGACUUUGUUUUCAUUCAUGGCUUGAUAUACUGGAGUGAUGUAAGUGAAGAAGCCAUUAAACGAACAGAAUUCAACAAAACAGGGAGUGUACAAAAUGUAGUUAUUUCCGGGCUUUUGUCACCUGAUGGCCUGGCUUGUGAUUGGUUGGGUGAGAAACUAUACUGGACGGAUUCUGAAACAAACCGGAUUGAAGUUUCAAAUUUAGAUGGAUCUUGGCGAAAAGUCUUGUUCUGGCAAGAGUUGGAUCAACCCAGAGCAAUUGCCUUGGAUCCUGCAAGAGGAUUCAUGUAUUGGACAGACUGGGGAGAAGUGCCAAAGAUAGAGCGUGCUGGAAUGGAUGGUUCGAGCCGAUCUGUAGUAAUCAACACAGACAUCUAUUGGCCAAAUGGAUUGACAUUGGAUUAUGAAGAACAGAAGCUCUAUUGGGCAGAUGCAAAACUGAAUUUCAUUCACAGAUCAAAUUUGGAUGGAACGCAUCGGCAAGCUGUCAUUAAAGGAUCUCUUCCACACCCUUUUGCUCUGACAUUGUAUGGGGACACACUGUACUGGACUGAUUGGACCACUCGCUCAGUCUUGGCCUGCAACAAAAAUACUGGGGAGAACCUGCGUGAAAUACAUUCCAACAUAUUUUCUCCCAUGGAUAUUCAUGUGUUCAGCCAACAGAGACAGCCUAAUGCUACAAACCCAUGUGGAACCAAUAAUGGUGGCUGCUCCCAUUUGUGUUUGAUGUCUCCUGCCAAGUCCUCUUAUCAGUGUGCAUGCCCCACAGGCGUGAAGCUCCUUGAGAAUGAAAAGACCUGCAAAGAUGGUGCAAUGGAGUUGCUAUUAUUAGCCCGAAGGACUGACUUGAGGCGGGUAUCCUUGGACACUCCGGAUUUCACUGAUAUUGUUUUGCAACUGGAAGACAUUAGACAUGCCAUUGCUAUCGACUAUGAUCCAGUAGAAGGGUACGUUUACUGGACAGAUGAUGAGGUGAGGGCCAUCCGUCGUUCUUUCAUUGAUGGGUCAGCUAGCCAAUUUGUUGUCCAGGCACAAAUUGCACAUCCUGAUGGCAUUGCUGUAGACUGGAUUGCCCGUAACCUUUAUUGGACUGACACUGGUACAGAUCGCAUUGAAGUAACAAAACUUAAUGGGACAAUGAGGAAGAUCUUGAUCUCAGAAGACUUGGAAGAACCAAGAGCUAUAGUUCUGGAUCCCAUGGUCGGCUACAUGUACUGGACUGACUGGGGAGAGAUUCCAAAGAUUGAGAGGGCUGCACUAGAUGGAUCAGACAGAGUGGUGCUGGUGAAUACUUCACUUGGUUGGCCAAAUGGAUUGGCACUGGAUUAUACAGAAAACAGGAUAUACUGGGGAGAUGCCAAAACCGACAAAAUUGAGGUCAUGAACACAGAUGGAACCAAUAGGAGAGUCCUUGUGGAGGAAAAGCUGCCUCAUAUUUUUGGGUUCACAUUGCUGGGGGACUACAUUUAUUGGACAGACUGGCAAAGGCGAAGCAUUGAGCGAGUUCAUAAGCGGACAGCUGAAAGGGACAUCAUCAUAGACCAGCUGCCUGACCUGAUGGGUUUGAAGGCUACAAAUGUUCAUCAGACAAUUGGUACAAAUCCUUGUGCAGAGUCCAAUGGGGGCUGCAGCCACCUCUGCCUAUACAGGCCUCAGGGUUUGCGCUGUGCCUGCCCCAUAGGCCUGGAGCUCAUCAGUGACAUGAGGACCUGCAUUGUCCCAGAAGCUUUCCUGCUGUUUUCCCGUAGAGCAGAUAUCCGGCGAAUCUCCCUGGAGACCAACAAUAACAAUGUUGCCAUCCCACUCACAGGAGUUAAAGAAGCUUCCGCUCUGGAUUUUGAUGUCACUGACAAUCGCAUAUAUUGGACAGAUAUCUCAUUAAAGACUAUCAGUAGGGCAUUCAUGAAUGGUAGUGCCCUGGAACAUGUGGUUGAGUUUGGCCUGGAUUAUCCAGAAGGCAUGGCUGUAGACUGGCUAGGGAAGAACCUUUAUUGGGCUGAUACUGGAACAAAUCGUAUUGAAGUGUCAAAAUUAGAUGGGCAGCAUCGCCAGGUUCUGGUGUGGAAGGACCUGGAUAGUCCUCGAGCAUUGGCACUGGAUCCUGCUGAAGGGUUCAUGUACUGGACAGAAUGGGGUGGAAAGCCAAAAAUUGACCGAGCUGCAAUGGAUGGUAGCGAACGAUCUACACUGGUGCCAAAUGUGGGACGUGCUAACGGGCUGACAAUUGAUUAUGUUAAAAGAAGGCUGUAUUGGACUGAUCUGGACACCAACCUGAUUGAAUCUUCAAAUAUGCUGGGGCUGGACCGUGAUGUUAUAGCAGAUGACUUGCCUCAUCCAUUUGGUCUAACCCAAUAUCAGGAUUACAUCUAUUGGACAGACUGGAGCCGGCGGAGCAUUGAACGUGCCAACAAAACCAGUGGGCAGAACAGGACGGUCAUCCAAAACCACUUGGAUUAUGUGAUGGAUAUCCUAGUCUUCCAUUCGUCCCGGCAAGCAGGCUGGAAUGAGUGUGCUUCCAGUAAUGGGCAUUGUUCCCACCUCUGCUUGGCAGUGCCUGUUGGUGGUUUUGUCUGUGGAUGUCCAGCUCACUACUCCUUGAACUCUGACAACAGAACAUGUAGUGCACCUACAAGCUUCCUGCUCUUCAGUCAGAAGAAUGCAAUCAAUCGCAUGGUGAUAGAUGAACAGCAGAGCCCAGAUAUCAUCCUUCCAAUUCACAGUCUCAGGAAUGUCCGGGCCAUUGACUAUGACCCUCUAGAUAAACAACUCUAUUGGAUUGACUCUCGGCAAAACAUUAUCAGGAAGUCACAGGAGGAUGGCAGUCAGAGCUUUACAGUUGUGACGAGUCCAGUUCCAAAUCAGAACCUAGAUAUACAGCCCUAUGACCUGAGCAUUGACAUCUACAGCCGCUACAUUUAUUGGACUUGUGAGGCCACAAAUGUUAUCAACGUGACACACCUGGAUGGGAGACUGAUGGGAGUGGUGCUGAAAAGUGAUCAGGAUAGGCCCAGGGCCAUUGUUGUGAACCCGGAGAAAGGGUAUAUGUAUUUUACCAAUCUCCAAGAGAGGUCUCCUCCCAAAAUAGAAAGGGCAGCAUUAGAUGGAACUGAACGUGAGGUACUCUUUUCCAGUGGACUGAGUAAGCCUGUAGCUUUGGCAAUUGACAGCCAAUUGGGAAAGCUCUUCUGGGCGGAUUCUGAUCUCCGGAGAAUUGAAAGCAGUGACCUCUCAGGUGCCAAUCGGAUAGUUAUAGAAGAUUCCAACAUCUUACAACCUGUAGGACUGACUGUAUUUGAAAACUGGCUCUACUGGAUAGAUAAGCAUCAACAGAUGAUUGAAAAAAUUGAUAUGACUGGUCGAGAAGGACGUAUGAAAGUGCAAGCUCGUAUUGCUCAGCUCAGUGAUAUACAUGCUGUUAAAGAACUCAACACGAAGGAGUACAAAAAACACCCAUGCUCACAAGAAAAUGGUGGCUGCUCCCACAUUUGUAUUGUGAAAGGUGAUGGAACCACACGUUGUUCCUGCCCAGUGCACCUUGUCCUGCUUCAAAAUGAACUUUCUUGUGGAGAACCUCCAACAUGCUCCCCGCAACACUUCACGUGUUUCACUGGAGAGAUUGACUGCAUUCCUGUAGCUUGGCGCUGUGAUGGAUACACUGAAUGUGAAGAUGCCAGUGAUGAAAAGAACUGCCCUGUGUGCUCAGACUCCCAGUUUCAGUGUGAGAGUGGGCAGUGCAUAGACAGCAUCCUUCAGUGUAAUGGAGAGGCAAAUUGCCAGGACAGCUCAGAUGAGAAGAACUGCAAAGUGCUUUGUUUAUCAGACCAGUUCCGAUGUGCCAGUGGACAGUGCAUAGGGAAAAACAAGAAAUGUGACCACAACUUAGACUGUACUGACAGCUCCGAUGAACAAGGAUGCUACACAACAGAGGAACCAGCCCCGCAAGCCACCAGUGCUAUAGGCUCUGUCAUUGGUGUGUUUCUCACAGUUUUUGUGGUUGCAACUGUGUAUUUUGCUUGCCAGAAGCUGUUGUGCCCACGCAUGAAAGGAGAUGGAGAAACAAUGACCAAUGACUAUGUGGUGCAUGGACCAGCUUCUGUACCUCUGGGCUAUGUGCCUCACCCAAGCUCUCUCUCUGGAUCUCUUCCUGGAAUGUCCCGUGGUAAAUCUGUGAUCAGCUCCCUCAGCAUUAUGGGUGGAAGUAGUGGGCCUCCAUAUGACAGGGCCCAUGUUACUGGGGCAUCAUCCAGUAGUUCCUCAAGCACCAAGGGCACUUACUUUCCAACGAUCUUGAACCCUCCUCCCUCACCAGCUACUGAGCGUUCACAUUACACUAUGGAAUUUGGUUAUUCUUCAAACAGCCCAUCUACCCAUCGAUCAUACAGUUAUAGGCCAUACAGCUACCGGCAUUUUGCCCCUCCCACGACACCAUGCAGCACAGAUGUUUGCGACAGCGACUAUGCCCCCAGCCGUAGAGUGAUGACGAUAGUGGGAAAGGGUUACACCAGUGACUUGAACUAUGAUUCUGAGCCUGUGCCACCGCCACCGACACCGCGCAGCCAGUACUUGUCGGCGGAAGAGAACUACGAGAGCUGCCCACCAUCUCCAUACACAGAACGGAGCUACUCCCAUCACCUCUACCCGCCACCCCCCUCUCCCUGCACGGACUCCUCGUGAGAGACUCCCUCCCUCCUUUGACUGCCUCCAACCAACCUACCAGUGUAAAUACCAGUUGCCCCAUCAAGAGGGGGGAGGACAUGAGGCAGGGUAUAGUGUGUACAGUUAAAAAAAUAUUAAAUGAGGGGUGGUGGGGAUAACAGAGAUCAUUUGUAUAGAAAGGGGCGGGGAGAGAAGAAAAAGGUUAUUUAUAUAUUUUCUUAAAACAGAGUCUGCUGCAUUGUGCCAUAAGAAAUUUUUAAAAUUUGUAUACGAAAGUUUUUUUUAUUUUUCCAAAUGGAACACAAGAAGAUGCCUUAAACCAGUGAAGUGACUGAGCACAUAGGGAAAUGGAAGGACCAGGGUGUGUCGCUGUUCAAUGAGCCAAAUAAUACCAAAAAGAAGAGAGCCUUUCACAAGGGGAAAAAAAAAAGGAACCUGUCACACAGCAGCAGCUAGAGAGAGAGAGAGAUGCAUUCAUUUUCAGCUCUUGAUAGGCCAGCAAAUAAUAUUAAACUUGAAGAUAACUGUCAGGACAGUUUACUAAUGGUACACAAAGGGCUUUGUUUCUACAAGAAUACAGCCUGCAAUCACAGCAGUGACAUCGUUGAUGCUUAUACAUACUUUCAAAAAUGGCAUCUUUGUUUUAUCCAGAUCAUCUGAAGUAGCCAAACUGCACCAUUUUUACAACUUUGUGUCCCUUUCUGGGAGUUCUUUUUCCCCCUUUUCUUUUAUUUUCUGUUGGCUGUGAAUUUGUUUGUCUGUGUGUUCUUAGUUUUUAUUGGGUUUGUCUCCAACUCUUCAGACAACCUUUGGGGGCUGUUCACUCGCACUUGGCCCUCAGUAAUUUCCCAUUGGUCAGAAAGAGAGUGGCCCCUCUCUAUGGGCUUCCAUACUCCUUCCCUGUUCUAUCUUGCAGAGUCAGGAAGAUCCUCCAUUCAAAUAAAAGUAAGUUUUUCUAGUGUAUUUCUUACCUCCCUAUUUGUAGUGGGAGAAGCAGGGGAGGGAUUGGAUAAACUCGAGGCCUGCUCCCAGUCUCACCAGUUAUCAUCCCGGGGGGCUAAGUAAUGAACAAACAUAUUGAGUGUGUGUGUGUGUGUGUGUGUGCGCGCACGCGCGCACGCACACACACACACACACACACACACAUUCCCACACAUAUGAAAAAGAGAAAGGAGUCCCCACACACAAACACACCAGUACAACAGGAUUAUGUUCUCAUACCAGCUCAGUACUAUCUCCGAGAUAAUGACAAUGGUAGCUAUACAUGAAUAACUUCUCCCAGUUCUUCAGAAAUGUCCCAGUGCCCCCAAAUUGUCAUAUUUUUAUACCAUGUAAUAAUAAUAAUAUAGAUGGCAUAUUUAUAAACUAAACAAAUUAAUUUUGAAUUCUUAGUUUAUUGUAAAUGAAUCUUAUAUUCUUGCAGUACAUUCAGCGUAUAGUGAUAUUGCAGUAUACAAAUCAUUCAUAUAUAUAUAUCAUUCAAAAUACUACUUUAUUAGGCAGCAUUUAAGCUUUUUUGAGUUAGGACAUGCUCUGGACACCUGGGUCGUUGGAAAUGGUUUCUCCUUCCUGUUGGUACAAUGUUGAUCUUAAAUAAGCCAGUCUUUGCAGUGUGACUUCAUCGUGCCGCUUGCUGCCAUGUGGCAUACAUUCAGUUUUUAAGCAUAAAUUACUGUGAAUGUCAGUUAAAAAAAUAUUCUUUGCCAAAUUAUUUUGUUAGGAUUAUAUUUUUGUAUGUUUAUCACUUUGUCUGCACAUCUUUAGUGCUUUGGAAGGGAUGUCAUGUUUUCAUUUUACAACAGCUUUACAUGCAAGCUUUUUAUUUGCUGUUUAGUCAAUGAGCAUCUAAACUCCCACUGAGACUCUCCUGAGGUUCCAACUCUGGAAUUUACCUGUUGUAAUGAAGAGGGCACAGAAAGCUCCCCUUCUGGAAUUUGGGGGAGGAAAGAAAAGGCAGUGUUAUGAUGCUAGUUCAUGAGGCCCAAGAGUUCCACACAAAAUGCUGGUUUUGUGGUGCUUCUGGUUCUAUACAGAAGCCAGGAAGCUUCAUCUCUCCAAACACUUAAGGGCACAUUGGAGUUGCAGUCCCAGCUCUUAGGUGUAUAUCUGCUAUGUAUUUGGAGACAUUCUUAUGCUUAUUUAUGUCUUAUGGGAAGUAGUGGUGUAACACUGGUGUAGUAACAACAGCCACAGUUGCCACACCAGAGCAUGAAGCAGCUCUUUCGGGUCUCAUUAAAAUGUUCAGGUUCCGGACCAUACCUUGGUUUUGAAUCUGUUUCAGGGAAAUUUUUGCUAACUUGUAUGUAUCAUCUUAGUAAUCAGAAGCUAAGUUCUAUUUCAGUUCUGUGAGUGAAUUCCUGGCAUUUGGGAAUCUAAUGGAAGUAAGCUGUGUGCCUGAAGGUAUUUUUCUCUCUCCCCACCCCCAAGUCUUUACAGGAAAUUUUUCAGUCUGAAUUUAAAAUUGAGUUUAAUGAAGUGUGCAUCCAAAUAAAUGACUUGGUACCAAUGAUAUUCCAACCAGCCCAUUUCACCAUAUUGGGGAAGAUAUGCUGCUGUCUCCUCCUCCUCCUCCUCUGCAUGCCAGUGCACCAUUGCCUAGUUGUGCAGGAGCAUUCAUCUGCACUGUUCCACUACACAUGGUUCAAAUAUGUUAAAGUAGUCAAAUAACUGAAUGACAGUACACGGAACCGGCAGGGGCCAGUUUGAAGGCAGGGGGGACACCUUUAAGGGUGGGGGAGGGUGCACUCUUUCUCACCACCACACACACACAUUUCCCCCACCAACGCACUCUUAAAAAUUGGUCCAGAGUGCAUGACGUCCGCACGGUACUUCCAGUCACUCCUUGAGUGAACGGGGCAGCAGGGAGGUAUGCUGCCCCCCUGCCGGAGCAGUUUUACAGAAAUCACCAGUAGGGGAAAUGCAGCAGAGGUGGGAGUGCACCCUCCCCCACCCUUAAAGGUUUCCCUGUGUUGGAACCGUCGGCUGUUUGAACCUGUUUGGAGGCCCAUAAAAGGGCCUCCGAACAGGUUCGUGCACAUCCCUAGCACCAGCAUGUGGUGAGGAGGCUGUAUGCUUGCACUUCCAUGCUCCAUGUGUUGAAUUGGGCCAGUUUGAAAUAGCUUUCAAAUUGGCCCACUGUGUUAAGACUCCAACCCAAAUUUCUGAAUCAUUUUCAGGCUUUGGUUUCAAAGGCUGGGUUGUACAACAUUUGGGGGGAAAUGCAAUUGCAUUAACAGGAGUUUCCUUUCAAAUACUUGAAGCUCUGUAACUGUCAAUUUUGCUCUUUAGAGAUGGGUAUUAUAUUGUAAGCAGUGAGGCAAUAAGGAAAAAAUCUGCAGUGACCGGAGUCAUAAUGACAAACCAUGGUUUGUUGAUAGCUACGUAAGGUACAGCAAGUCUUGGGUUCACAUGCUUCCCCCUACUCUUCCCAAAUGGAAGACAUUUAAAGCUUUGUUUCAGGUUUUGAUGAAUCAGUUUCUUGUUUUUGUCCAGAUGGGAAACUUCAGCUUGUUAACUGCUAUGGUUUACCCAGACCACUCUUUCCCAUUUUAGGAUGUAACAGGCAGCAGCGGUUUCUGACAAACCGGAAACAUUUCCUCCCCUCAUGUGAAGGAAGGGGGAGUUCACUGUGGUUCACACACAUAACAGUGAGCCAUAGUUCCUCAUUACAUCUGAAUCAGGCCAAUGUGAAUGAUAUUGAAGGUAUAACAAAUGUUGGAGUGCUGGUGAGAAGUGACACUGCAGUGCCUACAUCUUUAAUGUGCACAGUUCUGAGUGAGAGCAUGUAUAAACUUGCACUGGAGAAUUCAAACUAUUGCAUUGCUUUAUUUCAGUCCAAACUUCUAUACUGCCAACAACAAUCUUUUUUUUCUUACGAGGGUGUGUUUGUGCCAAUUUCUGUUAUGAGGUCGUUGAGCUUAUGCUGUGGUAUCCUCUUUCUGUGACAGAGCCAGGAUAGCAAAGAGAUAAAAUAGGGAUGAUGAAACUGUCUUCUACACAGAUCGAUACCCUUUUAGAAGAAUUAGCCUUUGGGUGACAGCCAUCACAUUUCAGUGAUAUAAACACAAGGCAUAAAAACUGAGGGCUCCCCUGAGGCAUCUGGUGAGCCACUGUGUGAAACAGGAUAUGCUGGAUCAGAUAGGCCUUUGGCCUGGUCAAGCAAGGCUGUUCUUAAAAGGCCUGGAAGGAGAACUGCCAAUAUUGCUUUAGACAAAAUGCUGCCUUGAUUGAGCUGUGCAACCUGUUCAUCAUCUGUGCUGGUCAACAAUUGCAUGCUAUCAAUCCCAAGGUUAAUUUACAGUUGAAACUAAGUGCCCCUUUGGAAACAAAUAAGCUGAGAAUUCUACUGUUUCUGUGUUGUACACAUGUUCUAACCUUGCUCAUUGAAAUCAGUGGAACUAUCCAGAGUUAACAUUUGGCUAGACUGAGGUACUAUAUGCAUCAACACAAAGUCCAAUUAUGUUGGGUCACAAAUAUUCAAAUAAAACUUGUUAACAAGAGUUCUGGACUGCAGUAAAAUCAAGUGGAUGGUGUUCACAGCUAAAGUGAUAUCUCAAUCUAUUAUCCAUGCACUCUCCAAAAUUCUUUUCCCUCUGCUAUAAAGUAUGUAGGGUACGGACACUAAAGGGGAAGCUACUACUGUUGCAGCAGGAGCAGUGGAUGUCAAAUGAAGUUAAAGGGAUGUUAGAUACAUAUCUCCUCCAUGAAGGCUGAGAGAGAGGCUUUCUAUAUCAUUGCCUUUAGCCAACUGGUGGGGGGAUGGAGGUGUCUUCAUAUAAGGAGGAUAGGAAUCCAUCAUAAGCUGAACGAGCCUUGUUUGCAAGUGAAGGAUCUGGUGCUGCUUUUAAUUUUUUUUUUUUGUCUCCUCGUUUUUGUAAACUUUAAUUCAUUCUCUAAUUGUCUUUUUUUAAAUCCAGCUAGUGUGUACAUUGAGUUUGUAUGAUUGAGCUUUGCAAGGAUGUAUUUAUGUCAUAAUGACCAACAUUUGGUCAGCCCUACUCAUUCAUUAACAAACACUUUUUUUUGUAUUGUAAAAUAAAAGUGCUUUGCUUGCAAGCUGUAUAUAAACCUUGUACAAAAUUCCCCACCUCUUUUUCAAUUAUUACUCUACAUAGAGUGUAACAAAUAAAAUGUUGAUUUUUAUAAUAAA